AUGCCUUCAAUAGUGGAGCCUCAGGCUCCUGCUCCUUCGAAGUUGUCAACGACCGUGGCGACGGGUGGGGAUCCUUCGGCACGAGGAGUCCAACAAGCUGCCCAGACACCCAAGUGCUUCAUCGACGCACGCACAGACGACGAUAGCGAUACGUGCAAGGGUCAGGGAAUCCAAGGGACGCCGACAAGGGAGAUAGUGGACGCAGACGAUGAAGACCAGAGGGACGCAAUAAUCUCAAUUCUUGAAGAUUGGGCCGCUUGGGAACGAAAUUUAGAGGAAGGUGCCGACGUCAGCGAGACGAAGAAAGCCGACGAGCAAGCGGUAGUGACGGGGGUGUCAGGUAUCUCAGCAGCAUCGUUGGUCGACACUCAGAACGACGCGAGAACAUCCCGCGUCUCGAAGCCCAACGAUGACCCAGCUUCAGCAGCGCAUUCUGCUUCAGGGCCAUCGAGCAAACGAGGAUUGAGGGCGACAUUUGAGGCGGGGAAUCCAAACCAACUACUGCUGUAUGCGUCUAGACGGGAGCGGAGACGCGCUGAAAUACAUGACCCCAUCGCCAGGGCAAGGCGACAGGCGUUGAAGGUGUGGGCCGCUGACCAGACAAGGAGGAGAAGUUCUGCCGAGGAGAGCACGCUCAGCGAGCGCUUGAAGCAGCAGGGGCGUGGUUCUUUCUCGUAUGAAAGGGCCACGGUAAGCGUCAGAAGCAGCAGAAGAAGCUCCACAGACGCCACAGUCGACCGAAACCGGAAGGGUGGAGGAGGUCCCUUGAAGAACGAGUGGUUUCGCAGGAGGAAGCCACCCUAUCGCGCUUCCGCGCCGCGCGAGAUAUCGGCCCAGCGCCACGUCCGCAAUAUCGCCGAGAUUCCACCUGGGCCGCAGCGAUCCACCCCGACUGUACCUGCCGCGGGGCUAUCACCGCAAGAAGCUGGGAGGAAGUCGAGCCCCAGGUAUCCAUGGAGAGCAAACAUGAAAGAGCCCGAAAAACGCCCUAGACGGUCCGCUUUCGACCUUUUGCGGGAAGGAGAUGUCUCAAUGGCACCAUCGACCCCUCGGGUUCCCACUACGGUCUUGUCGUCCCCUUCCUCGUCUUCUUCUUUGGUGGUCGCCGGGCGAGGGUCCGCGUGGGCGAGGUCUCCCAGCCGAGAAACGGCAGGGGGAAUCCUCGUCAAGCACUGUUUCUUCUACGGGUCGUCGGACAAGGCUACCCCGCGUCGGGCGGCGGCGGAGGCCGCAACAGCAAGUACGAGCUUCGAAUCCCAAUGGAUGCGCCAGUUUCGCGAGGAGGUGCAGAGGAACCCCAACUGGUGGCUCAGCUCGGAUCGUUUCGUCCAUGGUAGAGCGUGCGCCUCGCCCGCCGCCGGAAACGUUCCUGGAGGGGCAAAGGGGGCGAGUGGACGAUCAGCUAGACCCCCUUUCCCGACGGCCCUGACACACAGGGGGGGCGGUGGCAUGGCCUCUCAAACAACAGACUUAUGGAACGAAGUGCGAUUGCUCCUCGCUGCUGGUAGACAGAACGAGGACAGGCAUACCGGAGGUAGCAGGCGUGGACCCGGACAUGACCACGAGAAAGGUGACCUUAAAGCCGCUCGAUUGGACAUCCUGUCGUUCGGCGACCGCCUGCGAUACACCCCUUUGUCUCAGGGAGCCUGGCUCGUGGGCGAAGGAGCUACGGCUACCUCUGCUGCUACGACUUCUUCUGCUUCUGCAGAGAAGUCCGCGAGGAAUGCGAUGCUGUCCGAAGAGGUUCAUGUUGCUCUUGCUACAAGAGACAUGGUUGAUGUUGCUGCCGCCGGGACAGAUGUCGAGGAAAGGCAGGACAGCAAGGCGGGACGGUCAGAUGCACUCAGUAGAGUUCCAAGUCAGUCGGCAGCUGACGAAAUUGUAUCCCCAAUAGGAAACGUGAGGGCGGAGGCGGGACACGACGACAGGAGCAGAGCGGUGAGAGGAACAAGCGGCUGCCAUGACCUGCAGAGCAUUCAUGCCGCGACCCUCGCCAAACUCCGGGGUGAAAUCGACCCCUUUACUCGCGAGGAGCUCGUGCUGCGCGCAGCCGAAGAGGCAAGAGGCGCUCUUGCCAGGGACAGGGCACGCAACACGUCUCCCAGGCGUGCCUCCGCAGGAGUCUUCCGUCCUUCGCCCAAGGCACGAAAGCGAGAUUCUACCCCAGACGCCAUUGACUACGAUACCGUAGAGGCCACCCUAUCGUUGAUCGAGCUUGCCACUCGCGCCGCGGGACCGGACGCUGGAAAGCAGAUGCUGCAGGCUCUCGAGGAUCUGGACAAGAUUCACCAGCGAGUGUCGGACGAGAAGGGCCCCACCGAAAACGAACGCUGGAUCCUGGACGGCAAGGCCGACGGAGAGACACUUCUGGGGGCGGAGAGUGGGUUGAAUGCUAAGGUUGGCGAUGCCGGAGGAUCAGACGCUACGCGUCCUAGGGCUCCAGGUGAUUCAACUGCUAAAAAAGAGGGUGUGCCCGUUGGGGGAGAAAAUUCAAGGACAAACAAAGCGAGUGGGGGUCUCAGCGGAGGCGACCAGGGGGCCCACGCGGGAGGUGCCGUGCGAGCGGAAACGGAAGUGAACGUUUUGAACAGCAACGGCCAUAACCCGGGCAGGAAACCUGACGCAGGAGAUGUUCAAAGCAACACCGACGGCGAAUCGUUGCUUGCUGGGACAAAGGAAAGCGCAACGCUGGCGGCUACCUCGCCCGAGCCCGGUCGAAAAUUCUCUCUGGCUUCUUCCGAUGCGGAAGACGCGAACGGCGACGACACCAAGGGGCAGGAGGACGGUAGGGCCGAGUUUCCUUCUUCCUUCGAGGGCUCGGACACGGACGCAAGUGAUCUCCUCGGGAAGAUCCCCGGCGAGAAGGUGGAUUCGAGCGAUAACCACGACGAGACGACGCCGUCGGAACCCAUGGCUAGUUGCGGUGGCGCAAGCGUUCGACAAGGCGGUGAAGCAACCGUAAUUGUGACGGUACCGGAACCCGCGACCGAACUUUCCGGGGAAAGUGCGUCUAGGCGGGAUAGCCGGGAACCGCCACCCGAGCGAAGCGUUGGAGUCGUCAACGACAGGCAGGGCGACGAAACGGAAAUGCCCAACGGCGUGCAGCAUGAAGCAGAAGAAGAUGAUGAGGUCGAGGGGUCGGGAGUGGACGAGCGGGAAGCACGAGACGGACAGUCUCAAACCCCAGCCAGACGAAGGGCUAGAAGGAGCAGCGAAGGUGAUAAGCCCACCGGCUUACCACACCUCGCGGCAGAGAUGGCCCGGGUCGAGGAGUCAGUCUCAGCUAGGGAAAACUACGAAGGAGAUCCGGCCAGCAGCGUCCCGCAAGUGUCGCCUGUACCAAUCAGCAACGGGGAGUUCAAGGCUGGUACUACCUCCAACAAGGCUGCUGUGGCGGACGAGGAAAUUAACGCGGGGGGGGCGUCUCACGGGACUGUAGGCGAGGGAAGGCCGGGAGAGAGACACGGCAGCGAAGGCGAAAAGGCAUGCGGGAACUCCCCGCCGACUCGCGUAGCACAACCCAAGACACCCACACCGCCUCAAACGAUAUCCCAGACUACGCCCGCCGAAGACCCUUGGCGGGAUGAGCCUCAGACUACCGAGCCCAGAGCCGAAGGGGAGGGCAGUAAGGACGGGCUGCUUCAGCACCGUGGUUCGACCACGGUCAGCGGAUCUGCACAGGUAGAAUCAGGAGGUGGUCGAGGUGAAGCACCGGGUGCUAGCGGUAAUUCACCGUCGUCGGUUUUGAUGCACCGCGAUAGCUGGGUAUCGGUGGGCACGAGGCCCCGGCGUGGCCGCAACAACGCCGCGCCGGGACAAUCGCCACCGUGUGUUGAGGGACGUACGGAUGCUCCGCCGACCACAAAAGUCUCCGCUGGACGCGUCGGUUUUGCAACCCAGGCAACAACAAAGGAGGUCGGAGCCGGGAGUGAUGCCAUCGCCAACAAGAAGGAUACAAAUAGCGGCAGAGCGCCCGGCAUCGUGCGGCGGUCUCCGCUGAUCGAUGCCCUGCACCCUGAAGUGGCGAGGCAACGGGAGUUCCAGGGGAAGCGACGGCAUGCACGCCAACGAGAUGCCGCUGUUCCGGCUUCGGAGAAAACCAUUCACCCUGCCGAUGUUGAAGCCGGGACCACUGCCAGCGCCAUCGCAGCUGCCGGACCUGGCGCAAGCACCACAGGCGCGGAGAGAAGGGCCGCGGGCGCACGCGCCUCUCCCAUCGGCGCCCCAAAUGCUGCUGCACGCGCUGCAACUGGCAACGCAAAGUCCACGAAGAAGCCCCGAGAUGCUACCACGGCCGCCGUCGUCGCCGGCAACUCAACCGACACCGCGGGAGCUUCACGGUCACGCCGCCGUCGCCCCCGAUCUCUCUGGGCCGAAACGGCCCACGAACCGGCUGCCCCGUUGCCGGUGUCCUCGUUCCGAACGCCUCCCUCGCCGGCAGGGGAAACCUCACGGUUGACACUGGUUCCGGCCGCCUCUGGAGCUGCUUUCAGCGAGGGAGCGAGCAUACCCCGUAACGUCGACAGCCCCACCGAUGACGCCUCCAGAGCGGGAAGGCUAACACCAAAGCAGUCGGAGCGCGUGGAGGAAUGGUUGGCUCGGGCGGAGCGCUCCUUGGGGCCCAAGGUGUGGACCUGCCUCGGGUCAGGCAGGGCUUUCCGCCGCACUUGUGGCCGCAUUAUCCGGUCUAUCAUCGUUCGAGGCGGCGGUACCGGCCACACGGAAGACCGUCGAGAUCUUACGGAAAACCGUGAGCGUCCGCCAGGUGGGUCGGUCAAGCCGGCUCCGGGAGGACCCGGGAGGUCAAGAAUGAUGGCGAGGGAAGGGAGGAAAGAGGCGCCGCACAAGCAGGCGCGGAAAGGUCGAGCGAUAGACAGGGACAGGGAAGAGGAAAAUGACGGUGGGCGUGAAGGAGGAGGGGCGAGGGUGGACGACCGUAGUUGGGACGAAGACUUGUCAGAGAGGACGGCACUUGUUACCGAGGCCGUGAUCUGGACGAUCGCCACGGAGAGGGAGCGAAAAACUGCUUGCGCGGCCAUUGCCGAAGCUCGAAACGACAACGAGAACGGCAACGAUGCCCGAGAACGAUGGGAUGAGGAAGGCAAACGAACAGAUCGACACCCGACCGCUUGGGGUAAGGGAGGAGGAAGCCCUGGCCGACACACGAUGGACAUCGUGCACGAUUCCUCAGCGGCGACCUCGGCGGCGACAACAGAGCUCCGAAUCUCGCUGUCAACAGCACGAAGAUUCAUCAAGAGAUCUCGCCUUACGGACGGGGUCCAUGUCAUAGACGCGGACGUAGACCUAGCCUUCAAGCGGUGGGAAGAAGUCGAACGCUUGGCCGGACUUGAUCAACAGUGCUCGCCUACCGCCGCCGUAGCGUGUGGGGAAGAGGAUAAGUCUGGGCGCGUCGUCAGUCGCGAGGUUGGGUCUGGGCUCGCCGAUGCUGUUGCUGUGCCCAUUCCGCAGAAGGUGUGCGAAGCGGUCGGCUGUUCGGACCCAGCUCGGUACGGAGACAUCGGCCCUAAGGCAAAGGCAAGGCUGUGUCGGAAACACAGGCACAACGGAAUGGUGGACGUGGGCAGCCGAAGAUGCGAUCGACCAGACUGUGGGCGGCUGGCGGUCGGUGCCCACACGACGGCGAAGGCUACCUCGUUGUGUACUCUUCACGCGCGAUCGGACCGAGUGGAUGUGGAAGGAAUGGCGUUUGUGCUCCUCAUGCUGUCCAAGGCACGCCACACCCGCCGCAGGGGUAAAGCAGCGAAGACCGCCAGCGCUGCCGUCGGUGGGGAGAAUCAGGCACAAUCGGCUCGCAACGAAGAACUGGCUGCAGCAGCGAACUUGGCGGCCCUAAACGCUUCGGCUGUCCGAAACGUCCUCCUGGCCAUGACCGAACAACCUCUCGCACCAUGCUCGCCCACCGUGGGCCGAGAGCUUCUGCCCGCGGCCGUACGGCAGAGCUCCGAAGCUUUUGGCCCUGGCACCAACACUGGUGGGCUUGUUGCCCCCGACGAGCUUCUCAAUCGCCGUAUCGCCACGCCAACGGAUUCGGUCAGCAAGCGUGCUUUGCCUCGAUCGGCGGCAGUAGCAUCCGGGCUGGACGCAAGAAGAAAAUCGCAGCACCAGCGCGGUAGUCGCGGGGCGAACAGCAGCAGCUCCGGCGCUGGUGGCUCUGGAGAACAACGCGAGGAAAAGGAUGUGGUGGAGCCGGUUUCCAGAGGGCGAAAGCAGUCGCACGCACCGACAAGCGAAGAGGGCACGGGAGGUGGAGGCGACCCCUGUGGGCGGAAGAGGAGCGGGGAGGGGCCACGGUCGUCGGGGCAUCACGCGACCGGGGCGUCGGACGAAGUGGCUGCGGGGGAUGGACACCAAGACGAAACGGAACUUCCUCUUGACUACCGAGCAGCACAGCGCCCUGACUUGGGUAGCGCCGGUUCUCCAGGUGGAAGCGGGAUUGACCAUCGAGGUGGUGAUGAGGAUCAACACCAGGUGGAAUGGGUGCAGCAAAGCCGCGGCAGUGCUGGCCACGGGGAAAUGCCCGGGGAGUUGGCGCAGACGCUGGACGUAGCAGUUGAUUUUGGGGGCCGGGGCGGAGGAGGAAGGCGGAGCGGUGUCCACGAGGUGUUGGAGAAAAACGCCCCGUCCUUGCAUGCUAUGUACAGCAAGUUUGCUCGCCAAUCAACAGGCUGCGAGCGGGGUACUGUGACGACGAUGACUCUCUGCGAUGUUAUUCGGUUCUGCGACUCUUUCGAGCUACGGCCGGGAUUGGUGUCAACGAGGGAGAUCCUAGACGCCUACAAAACGAUCGCGUUUCCGGGGGUGUUGGGGCUCAGUGACGAAGAUAUUGGCUACUCUAACGUUGGCGGAGUUUCUAAUGCCUCGGACACAAAGAAACCCCGCAAGGGCAGGAAGGAUCGCCGGUUGAGCGCAUCUUGUCGUGCGUCUGCCUCCCCUGAAGAUGCAACUCGGCAACGUAAACCCUCAUCCGCGAGCACCUUCGGUCACGCCGACCAAGCCGGUAUCCCCGCCAGUGGCGACAGCAAGGGGGUCAAGGAGAGGGUUACCGCGGAAGACACGGAGACCCUCGAUGCCGAACUACAGAGUGGGUCGGCACCGACGGAAGAGGGGAAGUUGCGGGCUCUGACGCUUCAAGACUUGGCUACCGGGAGACCGGACGCGACAAGUCGAGAAGCAGAACAUGUCGCGGCAAGGCGGGGGAGUGACAAAGCAGCCAACGCGGCACAGGAGGGACGAGGCACCAGGGGGGCGGGUAGGAGGAGAAGCACUAUUUACGGGGAAAGAAGCAACAGAGGCGCAGGUAGCCGGAGAGGGACGACUCAGCAGGACGACGACGAGUGUAGCUUGUACUUCAGGUCCGACUCAGGGGCCGAGGGCUACCGGAUGCCGUCCCCCUCUCGCCGCACGAGCACCAGCAGCAGCGGCGGCGGCGGCGGCGGGGGUGGCGGUGGAAGGGGAAAACGCACGGUAUACCUGGGUAGGACCCAGGCGUUUCCACUGAGACGCGUGGAGUCCAACUUGGCCGUCGACGCCAGGGGGUUCGGGCUCAGCGGCGUCUGCCCCGAAAGAGCAAUGGCGGGAGACGGCUCCCAGCAACAAGCGAGGGUGCAGAAGCCACCAACGAGCAGUCUAGACGGAUUCACCGAGAGGACGAGCGACAUGAAGGAAGAAGGAGGAAAUAUUUUCAGUGGUUCCGCCGGAGGUGCGGACGGGGAACCCUCGGUACCGGAGGCAUCGGGGCUAACAGAGGCCCAGUUCUUCCAGUGGGUAAAGUUCGUGGCGGUGGAGUGUAAGGCUCUGGUCACCAAAAAGGCCUUCGGCAAUUCCUUGACACGGCCACGUUCUAAGUCGGGAAGAGGGACUUGCAGAGGGAAGGCUGAGUCCGUAGAUGCCAUGCCUGCCAACGAGAAGGAGAAUGGCAGCAGAAGGCAGGGCAUAGCGAGUGCGGUGGUACUGCUGCAAUGGAUGGAAGUGUCUCGAGGGAUGAGGGCAGGGAAGGGAGAAGGUAUCCCACCUUUCAAGCUUUCUUCAUGUUUGGCGAACACCAUGCCUCUUCCAUCUGGAGAGUAA